AAACGAGGAUCGUUUUCUUACUGUUAAUACUGUAUCAAUUGUUUUGUUAGAGAUUCCUCUUUCUCCAAUCUCCAGUCACUCGGCCCUCGGGCACACACUCUUUCUGCUUUAUUUUCUCAAUUUGGACUUUUCUUCUCUCUUUUGCUAACGUUUUCUUCUCUUUGUCAUCAUUUCAGAUUUCCACCUCCGUCUCUGCAAAAUCUUUGCAUCAGGGACUCUACUUGGCCUUUUUUGGGGCCUAAUGCUGAGUUCUCACUGAUACGGUUAAGGUUCUCACAUAUAUUUCGCCCAGUCUCUAUCGAGUUUCCGUCAGUGCCUUCGAAUUUAUGACUUUCCCAACUACUUUUCUCUUAUGGUCGCCCAGUCUCUUAUGGUCUUUCUAUCUCUUAUGCUCGUUAUCUCUGUUUUCGUUUGAAAACUACUAGUCCUCUGUUUUUAGUUUGGCACCGAUCAGAUUUUGGAGUUCUCACAUCCAGCGUAGAGUGCUCUGAAAGAGUAAUCAAACGAGUAUCCUUUCACUUCUCGGUCUUCAGCUUCUGGGUCUUGUCACAAUCCCCUCAUUAAAGCCUUUUCCUUGGCGGGUUUCUCUUUUCUUGUACAGCCAACCCAUUUGCUUCUGUGCCUUGAAAAAGUUUCCUGUUUUUUCUUUUGUUGUGCAAGGUUAGUGUUUAAAGAAGACUGUUUCGGUUUAUACUUCCCAUGUCCUAGUUUCUUCACUUUCUGGGUGGGUUAAUCAAGUGUUGAUGAGGUUCUUAAGCCUGCUCAUGUGACCUUGGAUUGAAUUUGUGAGUCUGUGUUUAGACUAUUGAAAUGGUGAAGAUGGGUUUUGGAAACUCUAAGACGGAGAGGAAUGUAGCUUUAGGCCUUUGCAAAGAAAGAAAGAGGUUUAUCAAGCAAGCCAUUGAUUCGAGGUACGCUCUUGCAGCUGCUCAUGUCUCUUACAUUCAGUCUCUUCGAAACAUUGGCAUUGCUCUCCGGCGAUACGCGGAGGCAGAGGUCUUGAUUGAGUCUUCUCUGUCGACCUCCGCCACUGACCUUGACAAGACUCCAUCCCAUUCCUCCUAUCCAUCUCCAUCUCCCUCUCACAUUGCAGAGGUUUCGGAUUCGCCGUUGCCCAAUGAGAGCCCUCUGUCGCCACCAAUUGCGAGUUUGAGCUAUAUGAGGUCUGGAGGUGGUGCUGCUUCUGUGACUUUUACUGUGGAUCCAAAUAGUGGUGAUGCUUGUGUGGAUGAUGAGUCAUUUAUUUGUCCAAUGCCACCUCCCCCGCCUCCUUUUGAAUCCGGCUCUUCUUGGGAUUUCUUCGAUCCUAGUGAUGCGGCUGAAAGCUUUAGGUUUGUUGGCCAUAAUGGGUUGAAUGUUGAUUUUGAUGAUGAAAGCUUUAGGUUCGUUAAUCCUAGUAAAAUUAGCUUAAAUACAAGUUUGAGGCCUGAUUUUCAGCGAAUGGGUUUUGAAAUCUCUGGCAAUCCUGAGACUGAAAAUAAUGGACGGAAUCAAGCUGUAGAGCUUAAUGGGCGUGCAGUUAACUCAGAUAGAACUGAAGGGUCUGGCAGUGAUGAAAGGCACCACGAUGUAGAAUUCGAUGCUAAUGAUUUGGCCAGAACUGUUUCAAGCAGGGUGCCUCUUGAACAGUCUAGCUCAAAGAGGGAGAAAGCAGUGGUGGAAAAAGAUUUGUGUGCAGAAAGAGAAGAUCCAUCAGAGUUUAUUACCCACAGAGCUAAAGAUUUCCUUUCAAGCAUAAAGGAUAUAGAGCAUCGUUUCUUUAGAGCCUCUGAAGCAGGAAAGGAAGUGUCUAGGAUGCUUGAGGCUAACAAAAUCAGAGUCGGAUAUUCAGAGAAAAAGGGGAGGUCAUAUGCUUUGGCUAUUUUGGGGGCUUUCAAACUUGUUUGCUCUCGUCGAAGGACUGCACUUGUGUCUCAUGAACCUGCACAUCAUGUUACGAAGGUUAUCACUUGGAAGCGGUCAACGUCUAAAAGGUCGUCUUCAUCUAGAAGUCCACUAGCCUCAGCAUCCAAAGAGGAUGCCGAUGAUAGUGGGAGUGACUUUGCUGAAGAGUUCUGUAUGAUUGCCGGAAGUCACUCCUCUACCCUGGACAGGCUGUAUGCAUGGGAAAGAAAACUCUACGAUGAAGUAAAGGCCAGUGAGUCCAUCAGAAAGAAGUACGAUAGGAAGUGUGAGCAGCUGAGGCACCAAUUUGCGAAGGAUUGUAGUGCUCAAGUGAUUGACAAAACCCGCUCAGUGGUAAAGGAUCUGCAUUCACGGAUUAAAGUGGCCAUUCAUUCAGUAGAUUCAAUAUCAAAAAGGAUCGAGAAAAUGAGGGAUGAAGAGUUGCAUCCCCAGCUUAUUGAACUAAUUCAAGGAUUGAUCAGGAUGUGGAAGGCCAUGCUUGAAUGCCAUCAUGCACAGUACAUUACUAUCUCAUUGGCAUACCAUUCAAGAAGCUCAAAAGGAACCCUUCCAGGUGAAAACCGCAGGCAGAUUAUAGAUCAACUCCAGCAGGAAAUCGAAUGCUUUGGCUUAAGUUUUGCAAAUUGGUUCAAUAGCCUUACAUCUUAUGUGGAAGCUCUGAAUGGUUGGUUGCAAAACUGUAUCCUACUACCACAGGAGCGUUCUCGGGGUAGGAGGCCGCCAUUCUCCCCUCGUCGAGCCUUGGCUCCACCUAUAUUUGUUAUUUUUCGGGAUUGGUCUGUCGGGAUCAAAAUUUUGCCAUCUGAGGAACUUAGUAAUGCCACCAAGAACUUCUUGUCUGAUCUGAAUCAUAUAAUGGACCACCAAGCAGAACAAUUGCAGGACACGCAGAAACUAGCUGAUGGAAAUGACGAAGAAGCGGAGAGCAAAGAUGAUGAGAAGAAUGAGGAAGAUGUGCCCAUCAACUUGUGUUGCAUACACGUCAGUCUUGCAAAAGUUCUCGAUCGACUGAACAAAUUUUCAGAGGCUUCUCUGAAAAUGUACGAGGAUAUUAGACAGAAAGGUGAAGCAGCUCACAUUGCAUACUUGAAUUGGAGACCAAUUAGGUAUUGAAUAUCUCUGUAUAAUAGGAGUGUUACCAAGAUUGUUGUGGCUGGAAAAUAUGACUGUAUGUUCCAAAAAAUGGUUUCAAUCAUGUGCCCGUGCAUGGGCUCCUGGAAGCAGAAACUAUGGGCGUUUAGUAGAAGCACUCUCUGGGUCAUUAGUGUGUGCCUUGAAAUGACCCUGUGAUCUAACAAUGCUGAGAUUGAGAUGGUAUCAUGGUAAUGUAAUGUUUGGUCACCAAAAGAGUUCAUGAGGUUCAAUUUAGUUAUUGAAUGUUUAAACGUUUCAAAUUGAGAGCUCAAAAUUGAAAAUUGUUUUAAUAUGUACAUUCAGACAAAUUUUUGACUAUUUGGGCAGUCAAAUUGUUGAUGUGGCAUAAAAAAUUAACAUAAGUUAUCUAUUU